AUGGAUCCUACGUCUCGUUCACCACCUAUAGAACUACAAGAUCUUUCUGUUCAUUCCGGUUACUCUCAACAACGUCCACCUCCCGUGAACGCACAUCAAUUACCUCAAUUACAUAUGGUCUCACCUUAUCGUCCACUUCUUCCUUCCGGUUGGACUGAACAUCGUGCACCAAAUGGCAUGUUUUACUAUUAUAACGCUGCAACAGGUCAAAGUACUUGGGAGAGGCCUAUAAUGGUUCCUCCUCCUCCCCCGAUCGGUCCACCUCCUGGAACUUUGCCACAUUCAUUUCAACCGGUCCCGGGAAUGAUGAGACAAAUUCCGGAUACAAAAUGGUUCAUUGUUUCUACAACAGAAAGUAGAGAGUUUUUUUAUAAUUCUGAAACUAAAAAAUCUGUUUGGGAAGUUCCCGAAGAAAUUGAAGAAGCUGUCAAGAAUUUUAAAGAGCAAGAAGAAAAGGAUGCUCAAAGAUCAAAUGAAAGUUCAGGAUUAAAAAGGAAGGCAAAUGAUGAGGAAGUAACUGGUAGCGAGGAAUUUAAAAGGGCAAAAGGAAGCACGGAUGGUGGUGAAAUUGAAGGAACCGAGGAUAAAGGAAAAGAAGUAGAAUUAUCCUCUGAGGAACGCGUACUUAUGUUUAAGAGCUUACUUAAAGAUAUGGAAGUUUCCCCAUUUGCCACUUGGGACAAAGAACUUCCAAGAAUCAUCCAUGAUGAAAGAUAUAAAUUAAUACCGACUCUGAAACAAAAAAUGGAAAUAUUUGAUGAAUACUGCAAAGAACGUAAUUUAUCUGCGAAAGAUGAGUAUCUAAAAUUACUAGAAGAAGAAACUACCUAUCGUUCUCAUUGGGACACCUUUAGGAGAAAGUUUAAACGUGAUUCAAGGUUUAAAAGUUUUUCUGACGAUAAAGAAAAGGAAAAGAUAUUCAGAGUGCAUGUCAAAGAAUUGAAAGAAAAAGAAACCGAACGUAAGAGGGAACACCAAAAAAAAGCCGGAGAAGACUUUAUAAGGUUAUUGAAAGAGACAAGGGAGAUAAAAUAUGACUCUAGUUGGCGAAAGGUUAAACGAAUAAUUGAUCAUGAUACAAGGUAUCAUGCUGUAGAAUCUUCUAUGACGCGAGAAGGUUUAUUUAGAGAUUAUUGCAGAAAACUGGAAGUUGAAGAUGAAGAAGAGUUGAUUAGGAGGGAGAAUGAACGCAGACAGAGAGAUCGUAAAGCAAGAGAGGAGACAAGCUUGAGAAAUCGAGAAGCUCAAGUUAGAUGGGAGAAGAAGAUUCAAAAUCGCGAAAAAGAUAAUGCAAAAAAUAAUAUCAUGCGCGUGGAAUCAAUACGCGAAUUUCAAACACUUUUGAUAGAUUUAGUACGAACUCAUGAGACUACUUUUGAAUUGAAGAAGCCCGAUUUACAGAGGGAUUCGCGUUUUCAUGGAUCUGGUCUCGAAGACAAAGAUAAAGAGAGAUUAUUUCAAGAACAUAUUAAUGAUAUCUAUCAAAAGCGAUUGAAAUCAUAUUAUCAGCUACUUGACCAACAUGUUCAGCUAGAUACUACCUGGUUAGAGAUCCAGUCAGUAAUCAAGGAUGAUUUACGUUCUGUACGACUUUCGAAGGAUGAGUCGUUAUUAGAAAAAUUAUUUGAUAGUUAUUUGGCUGAAAGGAUUGAAUUGUCUAAAAAAGAAUUUAUGGAACUUUUGCGAGAAAACCAAUUUGUUGAAUAUAGAACGCGAAUGGUUAAAUUAUCGGAGGAUGGCGCAAUUGAUGAGACUGGAGCUAGUAAAGAAAAAGCACGUGCAUUAUCUAUAGAAGAAAUCCAUGAUGUACUUAAGGAAGAUAAACGUUAUCUUGUAUUAAAUUCUAUGCCGGAUAUCCGUAACGAACUGAUUACGGAUUAUUUAGAUAAAUUGGAAACGCCAAAAAUGACGGUGCAUCAAGGUCGAGAAUAA